AAAAAUUAGGAGCUGCUGACAUUUCAAUCAACAUGAAGGCCAACUUCUCCCUUGCCACCAUCAGCAAAAACAUUACCAGCAGUCUUCACGUUGGAUUUGUGAACAUUUCCGGCAAUGAGUCUACUUUUAAUUGCUCACAUAAGCCAUCAGAUAAGCAUUUAGAUGCAAUUCCUGUUCUCUAUUACAUUAUUUUUGGGGUUGGAUUUCUUGUCAAUACUAUUGUGGUUACACUGUUUUGCUGUCAAAAAGGUCCUAAGAAGGUUUCCAGCAUUUACAUCUUCAACCUAGCUGUGGCUGACUUACUUCUUUUGGCUACUCUUCCUCUCUGGGCAACCUAUUAUUCUCAUAGAUAUGACUGGAUCUUUGGACCUGUAAUGUGUAAAGUUUUUGGUUCUUUCCUGACCCUGAACAUGUUUGCAAGCAUUUUUUUUAUCACCUGCAUGAGUGUUGAUAGGUACCAAUCUGUCAUUUACCCCUUUCUGUCUCAAAGAAGAAAUCCCUGGCAAGCAUCUUAUAUAGUUCCCCUUGUUUGGUGUAUGGCUUGUCUGUCCUCAUUGCCAACGUUUUAUUUCCGGGAUGUCAGAACAAUUGAAUAUUUAGGGGUGAAUGCUUGCAUAAUGGCUUUCCCACCUGAGAAGUAUGCCCAGUGGUCAGCUGGGAUUGCUUUAAUGAAAAAUAUCCUUGGUUUUAUUAUCCCUUUAAUAUUCAUAGCAACAUGUUAUUUCGGAAUCAGAAAACAUCUACUGAAGACCAAUAGCUAUGGGAAGAAUAGAAUAACUCGUGACCAAGUUCUGAAGAUGGCAGCUGCUGUUGUUCUGGCGUUCAUCAUUUGUUGGCUUCCCUUCCAUGUUCUGACCUUCCUGGAUGCUCUAGCUUGGAUGGGUGUCAUUAAUAGCUGUGAAGUUAUAGCAGUCAUUGACCUGGCACUUCCUUUUGCCAUUCUCCUGGGAUUCACCAACAGCUGCAUUAAUCCCUUUCUGUAUUGUUUUGUUGGAAACAGGUUCCAACAGAAGCUCCGCCGUGUGUUUAGGGUUCCAAUUACUUGGCUCCAAGGCAAGAGAGAGAAUGGUUCAUGUGGAAAAAGCAGUUCCUUUAGAGAAAUGGAGACCUUUGUGUCUUAA